CUAAUAGUACCUAUCUCAUAGGAUUGUGUAAAAUAGUAGUAGUGUAUGUAAAAUAUUCAGCACAUAGUAGGCACGAAGGAAUGACAGUUAUUAUUAAGAUGCCUGGGAGAGCUGUGCCCAGCCUAUCAUGGGAGGCCUUGACCUUUGGACUCAAAAGUGGCAGCAGGUCCACACCCCCAUAUACCCUUGUUACCAAGGAAGUGUCCACAGUUUGAAGGAGCUAUAUUAAAGCACCCCAAGUCAAGAGGACUAAACCAGUUCUGGAACUCACUGACCUCCCUGCUCACCUCACUGCACCUCACCAGCCAGCUUCUUGUCAAGUGAUUAGGCUGUCAACCAGCUUCUCUAGGAUAAGGUUUCAGGUCAGCCGCGUGUAUAAGACCAGUGCCAAGCCAGAAGCAGCAGAGACAACAGUGAAUGGCAAGGAGGGGCCAUCCGAUCCCUGCUGCCACCUCCCAGAAUGGAGCCCUAGGGAGCCCCUGUGCUGCCUGUGCCCUGGCAGGACUCACAGCCUCUCCGCUGCACUGAAGCCCAGAACUGUGAAGCAGCCUCUCUCCUUGGAUCUCCUCUGACCCUAAAGGGACUGGGCGGAGCCUUCCAGGACCAUGGUUGGACUGAAGCCUUCAGAUGUGCCUCCCACCAUGGCUGUGAAGUUCCUGGGGGCAGGCACAGCGGCCUGUUUUGCUGACCUCCUCACCUUUCCACUGGACACAGCUAAGGUCCGCCUACAGAUCCAGGGGGAGAACCAGGCGGCCCAGGCGGCCCGGCUUGUGCAGUACCGUGGCGUGCUGGGCACCAUCCUGACCAUGGUACGGACAGAGGGCCCCUGCAGUCCCUACAAUGGGCUGGUUGCCGGCCUGCAACGCCAGAUGAGCUUUGCCUCCAUCCGCAUUGGCCUCUACGACUCUGUCAAGCAGUUCUACACUCCCAAAGGCUCAGACAACUCCAGCGUCACUACCCGGAUUUUGGCGGGCUGCACAACAGGAGCCAUGGCAGUGACCUGUGCCCAGCCCACAGAUGUGGUGAAGGUUCGAUUUCAGGCCAGCAUACACCUUGGGCCUGGGAGUGACAGAAAAUACAGCGGGACUAUGGACGCCUACAGAACCAUCGCCAGGGAGGAAGGAGUUAGGGGCCUGUGGAAAGGAACUUGGCCCAAUAUCAUGAGGAAUGCCAUUGUCAACUGUGCUGAGAUGGUGACCUACGACAUCCUCAAGGAGAAGCUGCUGGACUCUCACCUGCUCACCGACAACUUCCCCUGCCACUUUGUCUCUGCCUUUGGAGCCGGCUUCUGUGCCACAGUGGUGGCCUCCCCGGUGGACGUGGUGAAGACCCGGUAUAUGAACUCACCUCCAGGACAGUACCUCAGCCCCAUCGACUGUAUGAUAAAGAUGGUGGCCCAGGAGGGCCCCACAGCCUUCUACAAAGGAUUUACACCCGCCUUUUUGCGUUUGGGAUCCUGGAACGUGGUAAUGUUCGUAACUUAUGAGCAGCUGCAACGGGCCCUGAUGUUAUGGGAAUCUCCAUUUUGAGCAAGACAAGAGGCCACUGGUAGCUGACAUAUCCAAAACCAUUUGAGAAUGGAAGAGAACAGUGGAUCCACGCACACAUGGACACAGACCCACACUUGUUUACAGAACUGCUGUUUACUUGUUGCUGAUUCAAGAAACAGAAGUAGGAGAGGGGAAAGGAUUCUGGUCUUCAGUGCUUUGCCUUGAGAACACCUUUGUUUUGCACUGACAAGAUGGAAAAUAAAUUAUAUUAAUUUUUGAAACCCAUUAGGCAUGCCUAAUAUUUAGGCAAGAGAAAAUAAAGCAAAAUAGAUCCAUUUGGAUAAAAUAGAAGGUUAGAGACAUGUAUUCCCCAAGAAAUCUGGUUAGACAAUGAAUGAUGAGCAGGAAAGAUGGCAAGCACGGGACAGGAGGAGCCCACGAUAUGAUGGGAAAUCAGCCGAGGAGCCUGGAGGGACGCCACCCAGUACCACAGAGCGGUGACCGCAGCCAUCACACAUGCAUCAUCAGCCUGUUUGUUAUGUGUCUGCCUCAUCGAGUCCUUUGGAUUCUAGGAAGUGCAAGGAACAAAAGAAAAAACUAAAGCCUGUGCCAGAGAAGCCCUGCUGGGCCAGUUCGAGGCUGGGGCUCGUACUUGCUGACAAUGCAGAAGAAUCAAGAAGGCAGCCUCCCCUUUCCUAUAAAAUGGAGGGAGCAAUCCCUUCCCUGUCCACCUCACCGGGAGUGUUACGACAUGCAAGUGAGAAGCUGGGUAUGAAUGCACUUUAUAAAAGCAAAAGCUCUGUGUCAAUCUAACUACAAGGACAAUGCCUUGGGAGAGAUUUUGUCAGGACAGAGAGGAGAUGCCAGGGAAGAAGGUUUUGAAAGAUACAGUUGUCGUCUAGAGGUGAGACCAAAGGAUCCAGAGACUUGGGGACCAGAGGUGACAGUGGAUGACACGAAGCCACAGGAGUCCUGCCCCCAUGCAGCUCCUUCCCCCCGACCAGCGCUCAAUUGUGAGCACCUCAAAGGGUUGUAGGGCUUCAGGGAAAAGAAGUGGAUUCCUGGCUAAGAACCUAAAGUAGGAGGACUCGGAAUUUGGGAGAAAUUAUUAUGACUCAAUAAAGAAAUUCACACCUUAGGUGUGGGAGUAAGAACA